GCAAGACAUUUUUUAAACUUCUCCACUCUAGAUGUGUUUUGCAAGCAAAAGUGAUAUAAUUUACCGCAGAUUGAUCUUAUCUUCGUUUUUCUCGAAAGGAUGGGGUGAUGUAAAAGUCUAUGAACGCCUGUUAGAAGCUCGCAAGACCGUGACUGAUAGAGAAAAAUGUCACAAACUGAUUUCUUCAAGCUAUCCUGUUGAAUUGAACAAGUCAUCGACUAAGGAAUCAUUUUACAUCGCCGAGGGACACUUCACAUCACCUCUAGCCAAGUAUUUCCCAGAUUUAUUACCUAAAGAAAGUGAAAAAGCUCACUUUCAGGUCAUUGUUCCCAGAAAAUGGCCAAAAAAUGGACAAAAACCGGCGUGUCUGCAUCUCGCCGGAACUGGUGACCAUUUCUUCUGGCGACGAAGAAACCUGAUGGCGAAACCUUUGGCGAAGCAAUAUGGUAUUGCGUCGUUGCUUUUAGAAAAUCCAUUUUAUGGCAUGAGGAAACCGAAAAAUCAACUUCGAUCCAGCCUCCUGCACGUCGUAGAUUUGUUUGUCAUGGGAGCAGCACUGAUUUUAGAAUCACUUGUUCUCCUGAAGUGGUGUGAAAGGCAAGGUUAUGGUCCAUUGGGAAUUACAGGAAUUUCCAUGGGUGGACACAUGGCAUCACUUGCCUGCACUGCCUGGCCUAAACCACUGGCUAUUGUACCUUGUCUUUCUUGGAGUACAGCAUCUUGUGUCUUUACAGAGGUAGGCGUGAUGAGCCGGGCAUGUUCUUGGAAUACCCUAGAGAAACAGCUUUCAAAUGAAGACUACAGGAAUCGUUUGUUAGAUUAUGUCCCUCUUAGUGGAAACAUGUUUACCAAAUUUGAUGAUGAUGAUCUAACCAAGAGCUCCAUAAAUAAUUAUUCUGAUAUGAACUCUUUAUCUCAAUCUUUUCUGGAAAGGAAGAGGGAAAAUCUGGAUAAAAGUGGAUUUCAAACACUUACCCUUAAACAAGAGGAUAUUUUCAAUGGUUUGAAAACCAACAUUUUUGAAAACUUGCCAUCAGUGUUAAGAAAUAUCAAACUAACAGAAGGUUUACCAGCAAAACAGUCAACUUUAGAUUUUAUGAACUUCGUUAUGGAUGAAGAAACACAUCUAAGGAAUUUUCCUCCACCUGUUGAUCCAAGCUUGGUUCAUUUUGUGGUAGCAAAAAACGAUGCUUACAUACCACGUAGCAAUCAUUCAAGUCCAUCUAACAUCUGGCCUGGGUGUACUGUGGAAUACAUAAACAGUGGUCAUGUUGGAGGAACACUAAACCAUCAAGAUGUAUUCAGAAGAGUAAUUUGGGACACUUUAGGAAAACUUUCAUGAUGAUUUGUAUUGUACCACAAUUAUGUUUUUUUCUAUGCUCUUUGUUGGGUAAAACCAUAGCUUAAUUUAGUUUAACAUAGUUUUCAUAAUGACCCUUUCAUGCCCAAGGUCUUUUAUGUAAUUCUCCUUCUGUCUUCCAUACAAUUCUACUGAUGUUAGUUUGGAGAACUUGAUAUCAGAUCAACUAAUAUUCCACUUAGUGAUAUUUUUCUUUUAUUUUCAUCACUUGCUUGCAUGAUAUUGUACAAGAAAAAAAUUGUCUCGGUCAUUUAUACAUGUAGGAGUUAAGAGUUCACUUACACAAUUUGUGGUAGAGAAAGGUGAUACAUGGGACAGAAAUUAUAAAUAGAUUGAUGACAAUAAUUAUUUAACAAUUUUACUCAGCAGUCACCAGGAAAAAUAUUUUAUUUUGGGGCUGGCAAAAAAGGUGUUAAGUAGAUCUGUAUAAUUUUUACAAUAUAUGUGUUAUCAUAGAUGUGGUUGAAUUACAGAUGGGACAGUUUUCUAGAUUUUAGCAUAUUUAUGGUCUUCAUUUGAAAAUAUUUCAGUUUUGUGUGGUUAAGGUUCUUUUCCUUUUCUUUUGAUGCAUUGUAAGAAAGAUGUUUCCUUAGGAUAAUAGCAUGUUAUUGAUGACACUCAGAUUAACAUUUAUUUAAAUAAAUAAAUUAAGGUGUUU